GAAAGCUGGGUGCUCAAGCAGUGCCAUUUAGUGCACGAAACUGUCUGGAGACGAAACAUUUUACGCACCAAAAUAAUGGGCUUUAAUUCUGGUUAGUGUUCUUCACUUGAACAUUUUUGGAUAGAAUUUUAUCCUUUCAAACCUUUAAUAAAAUGUGGACAAUUCCGAAGCCCAAAUACAGAGGUGAUUUGUGCGCCGAGGGGGAGAUUGCUGUGAACAUUGGAGGAGUGAGAGUGGUGCUUUUCGGGGACGUUUUGAACCGCUACCCGGAGAGCAGACUGGCGGAGCUGGUGAACUGCUCAACUCAGAAUUCUGAACUGAUCUCGUCUCUUUGUGAUGACUUUGAUCCCGGCAGAAAAGAAUUUUACUUUGACCGAGAUCCUGAUGCAUUCAAGUGCAUAAUCGACGUUUACUACUUUGAUGAAAUCCACAUCAAACGUGGCAUCUGCCCCAUCUGUUUCAUCAAGGAGAUGGAGUUCUGGAAAAUAGACCAAAGUGUUUUAGAUGAGUGCUGUAAAAGUUACCUCAGCGAGAAAGAGGAAGAGUUGAAAGAAAUUGCAAGCAAAGUGAAAGUCAUUCUGGAGGAUCUGGAGGUGGAUCAGUGCAUUACGCGCACCCAGCGGUGCCAGAGGUUCCUGUGGAAGCUGAUGGAAAAGCCGGAUUCCUCCCUGCCGGCGCGCAUCAUUGCCAUCGCAUCCUUCCUCUCCAUCCUGGUCUCGGCGGUGGUGAUGUGUGUGGGAACCAUCCCGGAGCUCCAGGUGACGGACGCCGAGGGGAAACUGGUGGAGCAUCCGACCCUGGAGGCGAUCGAGACCGCCUGCAUGUUGUGGUUCACCACGGAGUUCUUACUGCGUCUCGCCUCAUCUCCGAACAAGCUGCACUUUGCGCUCUCCAUCAUGAACAUCAUAGACUUCAUGGCCAUCAUGCCUUUCUAUGUAGUCCUGUCUCUUACCUACCUCGGCACCACAUCCAUGAUGGAACUGACCAACGUGCAACAGGCUGUCCAGGCGCUCCGCAUCUUGCGCAUCGCGCGUAUUUUUAAGCUGGCCCGCCACUCCUCCGGACUGCAGACUCUGACCUACGCGCUGAAGAGGAGCCUCAAAGAGCUGGGACUGCUCCUCAUGUAUAUGGGCGUCGGGAUCUUCGUGUUCUCAGCACUAGGCUACACCAUGGAGCAAAGUCACCCGGAGACACUUUUCAGGAGCAUCCCGCAGUCUUUCUGGUGGGCCAUCAUCACCAUGACCACGGUGGGCUAUGGAGACAUCUAUCCCAAAACCACCCUCGGAAAAUGCAACGCAGCCGUGAGCUUCCUGUGCGGGGUCAUAGCCAUCGCUUUGCCCAUCCAUCCCAUCAUUAAUAACUUUGUUAUCUUCUACAAUAAGCAGAAAGUGCUGGAGACUGCAGCAAAGCACGAAGUGGAGCUGAUGGAGCUGAAGUCUGGCAGGGAGGCGCGCAGGAAAAGUAGUGAUUAAGAGAAGAAAUCAGUUUGAACAUGUGAAGACUUUUCUCACAAAAGAUGAUUUAAUAACUGAAGUAAACUAGACUAAAGUUAAAAACACAGGCUACAGCGAAAUAUUGUAUAUAUUUCAAUGUAACUGCAUUCAAGACCCCUCCAUAAGACUUUGGAAGGACCUGCUGAGGCUGUGGGAGGUCUGCACACAGUGAUGCCUGUACAUAGCGCCGUAAUGCAGCUGCUGUCUUUGCUCUGCUGUUGUUGUCAUUCUGCAACAUGUGAUGUACUGCUUCUACCUGUGAUCCAGUUUUCACGUCCACUCUGUUAUUGUUAAGACAAUUGUAGAAUUAAACUUUGUGCAUGAAAGAACCUUUCCACAUGUGCAGAAAGAACCAUAACAUCACCUUCAGUCUAAGUAAAGGUCAAUCAAAAACUUUCAGUGUCAAUAAAAUGUGGUAAAAAUGCAACAAUUCUUUGCAAAAAUUUAUUUGAAGUGAAUAAGAGACUUUGGCAACACACGUUAGAGUGAUUAACAGGAACGUUAUUCUUUGUGUUUUCAUGUUGUAGAGACAAAAUAAUAACAUUAAGAUUGAAUCAUAUUACCCUCAGGGUUGGGAUAUUGUGGGAUAUUUGUAACAUUGUGGAUUAUGCUCACUUACAUUGGAAAUUCAUUCGAAGCAAAUACUUUCAAUCUACAGGUAUUGAAAGAGGAAUGAUUGCAGCAAACAAAAACAUUUUGAUGGGCAUAUUAAUGCCUGACUCCUGCCUAACGACAGAAGCUUUGCUUUAAUGUCACAAUCUGACAUAUAUUUCUUUGAUAGCAUAUGUGCUGCAUAAGGACCUUGAGCCACAGUGUGGAGGAUUUCUGUUAUUUUAAGAAAUAUCUCUUGCUGGAAAAUUAACUAAGCUAAAUUAUGCAUGACUAAUAAUGAGUCAUCAGAUGCAUCAUCCAGAAAACAGGUGUGUGACUAAAAAAUUCAUCCCCUGAAGCAGAAUACUCCAAAGGUGCUUGCAGAGGAAUAUUUCAUGUGAAGACAGCUAUCAAAAUUGACUCAUUGAUGUCACCGGCCUGUAAUAAUUGAAUGUGUGCAAUGUGGUAAUUCCUGUGAGACAGACAGUGGAAGUUUGACUAGAAAUCAAGCUUUAAAGGACACAAGAACAAGUGCUUUCAUCAUGUGCUCCUUCAUUCUUGUAAAAAAUGUGCUUGUUUGAGAAGCUUAAUAAACUCCAGGAUGGCAUUAACCUCAAA